UGGGCGGCUGGGGCGGCGGGCCAGCGCCAGGGACGGCGCGGGCAGCAGGUGGGCGGGGUGCGGGCGGGGUGCGGGCGGCGGCGGGGCCCGGGGCUGCCGGCUGCGCUCGGGCCGCGCCAUGGACUUCAACAUGAAGAAGCUGGCUUCGGACGCCGGCAUCUUCUUCACGCGGGCCGUGCAGUUCACAGAGGAGAAGUUCGGCCAGGCAGAGAAGACGGAGCUGGACGCCCACUUUGAGAACCUGCUGGCCCGGGCAGACAGCACCAAGGGCUGGACUGAGAAGAUCCUGCGGCAGACGGAAGUGCUGCUCCAGCCCAACCCCAGUGCACGCGUGGAGGAGUUCCUGUAUGAGAAGCUGGACAGGAAGGUCCCCUCGCGGGUCACCAACGGGGAGCUGCUGGCUCAGUACAUGGCGGAGGCGGCUGGCGAGCUGGGGCCCACCACCCCCUAUGGAAAGACGCUGCUCAAGGUGUCCGAGGCCGAGAAGCGCCUGGGAGCGGCUGAGAGGGACUUCAUCCACACAGCCUCGCUCAGCUUCCUCACGCCGCUUCGCAACUUCCUGGAGGGGGACUGGAGGGCCAUCUCGAAGGAGAGGCGGCUUCUACAGAACCGGCGUCUGGACCUGGAUGCCUGCAAGGCCCGGCUGAAGAAGGCCAAGGCUGCCGAAGCCAAAGCCACGACGGUGCCCGACUUUCAGGAGACUAGACCUCGUAAUUACAUUCUCUCGGCCAGCGCCUCCGCGGACACUGCCCACCCCCCUCCCCGGGCCGAGCGGAAGGAGCAGCAGCCUGGAGGGUGGCGGCCGCCCUGUGGCUUGCUUUGGCCACUGGUCCCCAGUGUGACCCAGGCCCGAGGCUGCCUUUCCCUGCCGGAGGACAGACAGCUCUGGAAUGAUGAGGUAGACAAGGCUGAGCAGGAGCUCCGAGUGGCCCAGACCGAGUUUGACCGGCAGGCAGAAGUGACCCGUCUGCUGCUGGAGGGAAUCAGCAGCACCCACGCAAACCACCUCCGCUGCCUGCACGAGUUUGUCAAGUCGCAGACAACCUACUACGCACAGUGCUACCGCCACAUGCUGGACCUACAGAAGCAGCUGGGCAGAUUUCCAGGCACUUUUGUGGGCACCACAGAGCCAGCAUCCCCACCCUUGAGCAGCACCUCGCCCACCACUGCUGCAGCCACCAUGCCCGUGGUGCCUUCAGUGGCCGGCCUGGCCCCUCUGGGGGAGGCCGCACUCUGCCUGGAGGAGGUGGCUCCUCCGGCCAGCGGAACCCGCAAGGCCCGAGUACUCUACGACUACGAGGCAGCUGACAGCAGUGAGCUGGCCCUCCUGGCUGAUGAGCUCAUCACGGUCUACAGUCUGCCUGGCAUGGACCCUGAUUGGCUCGUCGGUGAAAGAGGCAACAAGAAGGGCAAGGUCCCUGUCACCUACUUGGAACUGCUCAGCUAAGCAUUCCCUCCCGGCCUGGGCAGGAGAGCACACGGAACAGCCCAGCCACCCAGGCCCCUGGUCAUCUUGCACAGAGGGAACCAGAGGCCCUUCUGCCAGUCCCGCUUCUGACCUGUGGUUCUGGAGCUCGGACCCUGCCUGUACCCCAACACCCCAACCCCCCCAGCUCCUGCUACGGAGGGAGGGGCCCUGGCACUCAAUGGAGCAGCUGUCAAGCACCUAGGAAGUUGGGGGAUGGAGGGGCGAGGGCAUUCUUGUUUGCCAAAUGCUGAGAAGGAAAGCGGCAAGGCUGCCAGUGCUCCCCAGGAAGGGACAGCCCCCGGGAGGGGACAGCCUGGCAGGAGACAGGCUGGGUUGGGCCGGAGCCGGCCCCUCCCCCACCUCACAGCGCACGCCAAGCUGGCAGCUGCAGCCUUGGCCUCUUCACUUUUUACCGGAUGUUUUUACUUCUGCCUGUCUGCUUGCUCUCAGCUGAUGGCAAAUAAUAAACCAUCCUCCGUGUGCAAGU